AUGGGCGACAGGUUGAUUGGGUUCUUCGCGAGCGCCGUCAUAGACAGUAUGCUCCUCGGCAUCGUCAUCGUCCAGAUUAUCUCAUACUGCACUCGUUAUGCCAGGACGGAUAAGAAACACAUUGUCGGCUUGGUCCUCCUGGCUGUCGCGUCGACCAUAAUAGCUACCAUCUUCUCGUUGAUGUGGGUGAAUCACCUGUUUGUGUGGAACUUUGGGGACUAUAUCCCCUUCACCGAGAUCAUAUGGGUCGUCCGCGACUUUGCGAUCGGCAUGGCUACGAUCGCUAUCGUCCAGGGCUUCUACGUGGAUCGCGCGUGCAGACUAUACAGGCACUGGUGGCCCGCGACUGUUCUAGGCCCGUUUGCAGCUGCAACACUCUCACUUGGUAUCGCCGCGCUAUGGAACUUGGCGGACAGAUACGACCGAAUGACCCCCGACGUGUAUGCGGACCCGUCGAUAGCUGUUCUCAUGUACACCUGGCUUGGCUUCGUCUUCAGUACCGAUCUCCUCAUUACCGCCAUAGUAGCGUACGGGCUCAGGCGCGUCAAGACCGGCUGGAGACAUACAGACUCAAGGCUCCAUCGGCUUAUCAUCCGCCUCUUCGAGACUCAAACUCCAGCAGUAAUCAGUUCUGCAGCGACUUUGACUGCCUGGCGGAGUCGAUACGAUAUCGCCCUGAUCUUCAUCUCCAUCCAGUCCAAAAUCUACACCAUCGGACUCCUCACCACCCUCAACUUCCGAGCCGACAUCACCUCAGACACCAGCGCUGGAACCUACUCUUCCCGGCACGUCCCGACAUCGUCCCACGCUAUGGGCAUACUCUCGCGCGGUCAGGUCGGUAUGGAAGACAAGCGCCAGGGGAGUGUGGACGAGGAGCAGAGCGAGUUUGCGUCGACGACGGGGCUGCACGGUCAAGGGCAUUGA